AUGGGCUUCAAUUACCACUUUGCCUCUAAGCUCGCAGCUUUAGCUAAUCAAGAAAGUAUACUUGGUGUUGGUGCUCGCCUAACAAACUCUGAGCUCGGAAAAGAUGAAAUCCAUCCGAUUAUACUCCCAGGAAAAUCCUACUCUUCACAGAUCGUUAUUGAUCAAGCUCAUAGACAAACGCUCUAUGGAGGAACUCAAGUAACUCUCAUUCAUGUUCGAGAGAAGUUUUGGAUCCUAGGAGGAAGAGCUCUUAUUCGCUCAUUCAUCGUGAGAUGCGUGAUCUGUGCUCGAUAUCGCGCUCGACGUGCUCAACAGCUCACGGGCCAGCUCCUAGCUGAUCGUGUGGUACCAGUUCGACCAUUUUACACUACUGGGGUAGAUUAUGCCGGUUCCCUCACGCUCAAGAUGUUCCAGAGAAGAGGCGCAAAAACAUAUAAACGCUGGAUAGCUGUUUUUGUCUGCUUCAUAACUUCAGCUGUUUACUUAGAAUUGGUGUCAGACAAUUCUACAGAAGCAUUCAUUAAAGCCUACCGAUGCUUUGUUAGUCGUCGAGGGGCAAGCUCAGUGCUCUAUAGCGACUGUGGAACUGACUUCAAGGGAGCUGAUUCCUUUCUAAAGGAUCUCUUUCGUCAAAGCGAAUCAGAAAACGCUCAGCUCAUCAGCUCAUUAGCUUAG